UGUAGGUACAUCAGCUGUCAUAACAUAACCUUACGAAACAGUGGCGUAACGAAAUUUAAAAAAUUCAAUUAAAACAGUUGUUUAACAAUUUUAAGUUAGGUAAUAGAAGAGACAAUGCCAUUAGCUGAAUAUGUAGCCUCACUGUCACAAAAUCCAUAUUUCGGCGCAGGCUUUGGUCUUUUCGGUGUAGGGGCUGCAGCGGCUAUUUUACGUAAAGGUCUUCAAACUUCUACGGUUUUAUUUCGAAGGCAUUGUAUGAUAACCCUAGAGGUGCCCUGCCGGGAUAAAUCUUACCAAUGGCUAUUGCAGUGGAUCACACAGAAGGCAGCGAAACAAACCCAGCAUCUCAGUGUGGAAACUUCAUUCCUUCAAAAGGACACAGGUCAAAUAAAAACUAAAUAUGAUUUUAUACCUAGUGUCGGCCAGCAUUUCUUUAGAUAUGGUGGAACAUGGAUUAAAGUGGAUAGAACACGGGAACAACAAACUAUAGAUUUGCACAUGGGCAUUCCAUUUGAAACUGUUACUUUAACAGCAUUUGGACGAAAUAAACAGCUUUACUAUGAUAUACUUGAAGAAGCUAGAGCAAUGGCUUUAAAACAACAUGAAGGCAUGACAGUGAUGUACACAGCAAUGGGGUCUGAAUGGCGGCCAUUCGGACACCCUAGAAGGCGGCGACCCUUAGAAAGUGUUGUGCUAAAGUCUGGCCUUACGGAAAAAAUCAUAAAAGAUUGUCUGGAUUUCAUUGACAACCCACAUUGGUAUACUGACAGAGGCAUACCAUAUAGAAGAGGCUAUCUACUUCACGGGCCACCAGGUUGCGGUAAAUCGUCCUUCAUAAUGGCUCUAGCUGGGCAAUUGGAAUAUAACAUUUGUGUGCUGAAUUUAUCAGAAAGAGGCCUUACGGAUGACAGACUUAAUCAUCUUCUCAGUGUAGCACCCCAACAAUCGAUAAUACUCCUCGAAGAUAUAGACGCUGCGUUCGUGUCGAGAGAAGACACGGCCAAGCAAAAAGCCGCUUAUGAAGGUCUUAACAGAGUCACGUUCAGCGGCCUUCUCAACUGCCUAGACGGCGUCGCGUCCACUGAAGCAAGAAUAGUAUUUAUGACAACUAAUUAUUUGGAAAGAUUAGAUCCAGCGCUGAUCAGACCAGGACGUGUGGAUAUGAAAGAAUAUGUAGGCUAUUGUGAACGAGAUCAAGUAGAGCUCAUGUUUCUCAGGUUUUAUAAAGACGCCGCAGAACACGCCAAAGUAUUUGCACAAAGGGUUAUAGAAAAAGAGCGCGAUGUAAGUCCAGCCCAAAUACAAGGAUACUUCAUGUUCCACAAACACUCAACACCUGAAGAGGUAUUAAAUAACGUGGAUUCAAUAUGGACGCUUGGAUAAUUUUGUGGUGUAUUGGUAAAACUAGUCUUAGGAAAUAAUUGCAAUUUAUUUAAAAAAAAAAUUGUUUUUAUUUAUAAAAAGAGCAGUCUAAGUCUUGUUUUUUUUUCAUACCUUCUACCAUGUACGUUUAAACGUUUGUACAUAUAGUAAUAAUAAUAAUAUCCAUAAAUAAAUAUAGAUAAUGAUUA